AUGAUUGAACACCUGCAGCAUAUGAAGAAGGUAUUUUCCAUUCUCUCGACAAAUUCCUUUCAUAUUAAUGCCAAAAAAUGCAGAUUUGGAGAAAGCAAACUAGAGUAUUUGGGUCAUUGGGUAUCGACAGAAGGAGUAGAAGUCGAUAAGGAGAAGAUAUCUGCCAUGACUAAUUGGCCAAUUCCUAGAAAUCUUAAGAAACUCCGUGGGUUCCUAAGGCUCACUAGAUAUUAUAGAAAAUUUAUUGCCAACUAUGCUUCAAUUGUCUGGCCACUAACACAAUUACUAAGAAAAUAUGCAUUGUAUUGGUUAGGAGAAGCACAAGUAACCUUCUCGACCCUUAAACAAGUAAUGACUAUGGCUCUAGUAUUAGCAUUACCAAAUUUUUCAGACGAAUUUAUCAUGGAAACUGAUUCUUUUGGAUUAGGUGUUGGGGCUGUUCUCAUGUAA